AAACGACGAAAGAAGAGAAUGGAUAUGGGUAACCAACACCCAUCCAUAAAACGGUUGCAUGAAAUACAGAAAGAAGUCAAAGAGAUUGAACAGCAAGUGGCUGUCUUCAGUGGUCUGUCUACUGAUCGAGAUUACAAGAAAUUAGAAAGGAGUCUUACUAAACAGCUUUUUGAAAUAGAUUCUGUGGACACCGAAGGAAAGGGGGACAUUCAGCAAGCCAGAAAGCGAGCUGCUCAGGAAACAGAGAGGCUGCUUAAGGAACUGGAACAAAAUGCAAACCAUCCGCGCAGACUGGAAAUAGAGGCUAUAUUCAAGGAGGCACAGUCACUUGUGGAACGUGAGAUUACACCUUUUUACAAAGGAGGUAACUGUAUAAGUGAAGAAUUUGAAGAAGGUAUUCAGGACAUUGUAUUGAGGCUUACCCAGGUGAAAACUGGAGGGAAAGUUUCUUUACGCAAAGCAAGAUAUCGCACUCUGACAAAAGUAUGUGCUGUUCAGGAGAUUAUAGAAAGCUGUGUAAAGCAACAGCUGUCCCUGCCACUCUCUAAUGAUGCACAUCCUUCUGUCUCCAAAAUUAACUCUGUAAUGUGUGAUGUGAACAAAGCAAAAGGAACUCUCAUUACGCUCCUAAUGGGAGUGAGUAGUAAUGAUACCUGCAGGCAUCUAUCCUGUGUGCUUACAGGCCUCAUUGCUGAUUUGGAUGCUUUAGAUGUCUGUGGUCGCACGGAAAUAAGAAAUUACAGAAAAGAAGUAGUGGAAGAGAUCAAUAAAUUGCAGAAAUACCUGGACUUGGAAGAAGAAGCAAAUUCUACUCACGCUUAUGAUUUGGCACAAAAUCAGUCCAUUCUAAAAAUAGAAGAGAUCCGCAAGAAAAUGAAGGAAGUUAAUUCUUUACUGUUAAAAACAGAGAAUGCUUCUGAUUUGUAUUUGGGAUCCAAAGCAGAAUUGCAGGGACUAAUUGCCCACUUAGAUGAGGUGAGUCCAGGAAAAAACCCCUGUAUUAGAGAAGCCAGGAGGAGAGCAGUAAUAGAAGUUCAAACUCUUAUAACGUAUAUUGAUUUGAAGGAAGCACUUGAAAAAAGGCAAAUGUAUCCCGAGCAAACUGCUGCCGAGCACCAGUCUCAUAAAGCAGUUGAGGUGAUUUCAUUUGAUGGAAACAGAACGGAUAAAAAUUACAUGAGGUUGGAAGAACUUCUUACGAAACAACUUCUAGCACUUGAUGCUGUUGAUCCACAAGGUGACGAGCGGUGUAAGGCUGCCAGAAAGCAAGCAGUAAAGCUUGCGCAGAAUAUUCUUUACUAUCUGGACAUGAAAACAGAUGAAUGGGAGUACUGAAACAGCCAUGGCCUAACACGGAAGAGCAUUUUUUCCUUUGGACUGUGUGCAGAUCAUUGGCAGCACAUCAUAAAAGUGGUGUGUUCUGUGCUCGCUUAAA